AUGCAACCUUUAUUCCCAUUUGAAUCAAGAAAUUCCAUAGAAUACAAUAAUCAAAAAGCUAUAACAUAUAUGAAAAAUGCCCAUGAUUAUUUUACCAAACAUUUGUGUCAAUUUCAUGAAGCACUAAACAUAACUAUUGGCAGACUUGAUUGCUGUACAAUAAAUGUUGAUCAUAAUUAUUGUUUGAAUGAAUUGAAUUCAUUUGGUUCAAUGCCUAAAGUAUACAGUCAGAAGAAUUCAUCAACAGAUCAACUACCGGAUACACCAUCAAAGUAUAAUUUAUCCCGCGUUUAUAAACACAAAUAUGAAAUUACUCCACCUGUUCCUGGUAGACCGAUAGUUAAACGAAUUGAAGCACCUCUUCAAGUUCAAUCAAAUGGUAGGCUUUAUUCGAUAACUUCAGAGAGUUCAAGUCUUUCAAAUGGACAGCAGCAUAAUCAUCAGUUGGAGUUAGAUUGGCCAAAUUAUUAUAAUCAUUCGAUUAGUGAAAAUAAUCCCGUGGUAUUCCUCAUUCAACUUCGUAUGUAUUCAUCUCUUGUACAGACAAUACAAUCGCCUAUGGAUAAGCCUGACAGUAUAUCAUUUUUCUCUAUGAAUAAUUUUAUGGAACCAUUUCAGCCGAAUGAAUACCUAUUUAAUAAAUGGACUAAUUUAAUUUGGACAACAAAACUUGGAGCUGUCCUCUCCGAUUUGAAUCCAGGCACAUGGUAUCAGUUUCGUUUGUUAGCUGUUUCAAGUGAAGGUUUUGGAGGUUGGGGUGAGCCUAGUGAACCUAUUCGUACACAAGUCCAGCUAAUUCCACCAUCUAGACCUCGAAAUCUUACUGAAAUACGCUCAAGAAUAUUUGACAAUCAUGUUGAUAGUACAAUUUAUUGGGAUGCUCCAGAAGAAAGUUUAUUUCCUUUGAAAAAGUAUCAAAUAACAUGGCGUCAAUAUUAUGCAUUUAAUGGAGAGGACAGAAGUUCUUUGACCGAAUAUUCAGCGAAUGUACCUGCAAAAUACUCAUCAGCAUCAAAUUCAAAUGGUAUAAACAAGCCAAUUAAUUCAGCAGUACUCUCCUCGGCAUCAACAGCAACUCUGUCUUCGUCUCACUCUUCCUUAGCAUCAAUAUCAAACAAUAUCAAAUCGACUUGUUUAAAAGCAUGUUAUACAGCUCAAAAAGUCUACAGUCGAUCAGAUCAACUACAGAACAGUCCCGGCAAUGCAUACUGUCCUAAGCUAGACACUUGGCCUGAAUCAUGUCAAUAUACUUGUCAAAAUGACUCAGACUGUUUACCCUAUGGAUAUACAAAGUGUUGUCAAACAACAAAGUGUUUUAAAAUCUCUCAGCAUAAAAGAUUAAUAAAUCAUACAAAAAAUGUUACAAAAUUUAGUGUAUGCAGUCAAGGUGUUUAUAAUCCUAAAGUUACUCCACCUGUUCCUGGUAGACCAAUAGUUAAACGAAUCGAAACUCCACUUCAAGUUCAAUCAAAUGGUCGGCUUUAUUCAAUAACUUCAGAGAGUUCAAGUCUUUCAAAUGGACAUCAGCAUAAUCAUCAGUUGGAGUUAGAUUGGCCAAAUUAUUAUAAUCAUUCAAUUAGUGAAAAUAAUCCCGUGGUAUUCCUCAUUCAACUUCGUAUGUAUUCAUCUCUUGUACAGACAAUUCAAUCGUCUAUGGAUAAACCUAACAGUAUAUCAUUUUUCUCUAUGAAUAAUUUUAUGGAACCAUUUCAGCCGAAUGAAUAUCUGUUUAAUAAAUGGACUAAUUUAAUUUGGACAACAAAACUUGGAGCUGUCCUCUCCGAUUUGAAUCCAGGCACAUGGUAUCAGUUUCGUUUGUUAGCUGUUUCAAGUGAAGGUUUUGGAGGUUGGGGUGAGCCUAGUGAACCUAUUCGUACACAAGUCCAGCUAAUUCCACCAUCUAGACCUCGAAAUCUUACUGAAAUACGCUCAAGAAUAUUUGACAAUCAUGUUGAUAGUACAAUUUAUUGGGAUGCUCCAGAAGAAAGUUUGUUUCCUUUGAAAAAGUACCAGAUAACAUGGCGUCAAUAUUAUGCAUUUAAUGGAGAGGACAGAAGUUCUUUGACCGAAUAUUCAGCAAAUGUACCUGCAGAUAAAACUAUGUAUUUGAUUCAGAAUCUUAAACCAGGAACACCAUACAAAAUUGAAGUGAAAGCAGUUUCACUCUUUGAAGGAAAAGAACUUAAAAGUCAUCCGAACACUUUGUACAUAUCUACAAUACAAAUUCCUACUCAGCACACAGAAACAGUAUUAACGCCUUUCACAUCAUCAUCGUCGAAUGACACUUGUAUAUGUGGAGAUUCUAGACGAGAUUAUUUAACCGUCAGAGAACAAUAUUAUGAAAAUGAACAGCUUCAUGCAAUUUUAUCUUUAAAUGUUAAAAUAAAUAAAGAACAACUCAAUGUAACUAUUCCGACAACAGAUUUAAUCUACAGUGUUGAAUGGACCCCAAAAGUUUGUAUUGAAACUCAGAAUCAAACAAGUACAGAAUUUCUUGGAACACAAAGAAAAGGAGUAUCAGAAUAUGAAUUACGCAAUAUACUUUUAAGUGAUUUACAAUUCCAGUGUCAUUAUGAAGUUAGUCUUUACGUCAAGUCAUUUCAUAGUAACAACAGUCAAUCAAGACAAAAUUUACAACCACUACUCAAAUGGACUACAUGUUUUUGUACACCAACCUGUCGAAAUGUUAUUAUCAAAGAUGGUAUGCCGCCAAAACACUGUUAUGCUCCAACUCCUUCCUCAGUGCUCCAACCAGUUGAGCUGGCAUACACUCUACUGACAAGUGAAAAUCUUGAAGAACUUCAUCGUUUAAAGGUGAAAAAUAUCGAUGAAUUGAUAGUUGUCGCUGAGGCUAAUAUACCGCCUUUAUCUAAAAAACAAACUAACCCAAAUCCAGUGUUGAAUACAGUAAAUUAUACUGCAAUUGUUACCUGGCAUCCUGUUGCUGCUUCUAUACAUUCAAGAAGUGAAACAAGACGUGCAUCAAGAACACUAAGAAAUCGUCUGUCGAAUAUUAAGUCAAUCAACCCUGAAAUACGUGGUAUUCGAUUAACUUGGGGUCCAAGAUUAUAUGAACCAAUUGGAUAUGAAAUGUACAGUAAUAUUAUACAACCACUUAUGGAUCCAGAGAAAACACAAUCAAAAGUUUUAGACUUAAAUGUGCCUGGCCUUCAGCUUAAAGGACUUCAAGAAGAAACUUUGUAUAUUGUUCAAGCUCAGAUGAUUAGUGAGAAAGGCGAUGGACCUGUUUCACGUAUCUAUUUCAUGACACCCUCCAGAGAAACCAGUUCACGGCAUAAUUCUCAGUCUAUCCAAGAAAUAAACGUGAAACUUUUAUGCAUAAUUAUUUUAUUUCAAAUGAUCAAAUAUCACAUUCUAUGACUCUAUUGUCUUCCCAACUUUACUUCACUUUGUACUAUACUACUACUAAUACUAAUACUUAAAUACGUUACACAAACUGAUGUGCAUACAUAUCUUUCCUAUAUACAUAUACAUAUGAAAAGGUUACAGUGUAAUCCAUUAGUAAUAACCGCUGUACAUAGUAUUCUCUACCGAGCUAUACACUUCCAUGUAACAUUGAACAAUUGAACAGUAAAAGUAAAACAAAGAACAGCUUGUAAUUAUCCUGUAUUUAUUUUUUAUUAAUUUAAACUGACCAAAUGUAGCCAAAUAUUCAUUCACUAUCACAUAUACCCGAAAAAUGGACAUGCAUAUACCCGCAAAUACAAAAAUCAUAACCAGGAUGCUGUUGUUUUACUGUACUACAACAACAAAUAUGUAGAAGACAAUUAAAUGACGAUAACACAUACAUAGCUCAAUGUUUCAAUGGAAGAGGAAAAUUUUAAAAAAGUUAUGUGAUCAGAUAUUUUUCAGUCUCACUUGUGUUAUAUAAGCAUAAAUAUACAUAGUUUUGUUUUUUAUUCUAAUUGAG